GGCCGCUGUCCGUUGCACAGUUCGCACGUUGCGCAAAAAAAUAUACGUACAUAUAUGUAUAAACAAAAACGGCGACAAUUCUCGUAAAUAAAUGGCUAAAAAUAUUCAAGCAGUGGCAGACCAAAAAAUAAUACAAAAAAUAGUUACAAUACAAGCAACGCCCCAAUCGAUUCAUUUUUGCAAAAGCUAAUAAAGUAAAUCCCAACAAAUGCCAACACGUUUGCCCAAUUUGGAAUAUGCAGUGCGGGCUAUUGAAACGUGAUAUAUGUGGGACAAGUGCGCAAUCCUAACUACGGCAACUUUUAGCAAAGUGCUUCUGAUUAAGUGUCGUGACGUAUGCGUAAGUGGAGGGCUUUAGAUAUAGAGCAAUUCACUAGUCGCCUACUUGCCAGUAGCAAGCUGGUCGCAUGGUCAAGUGCCGGUGAUAAGCGCACACGUUGCUGAUAAGACGGGGGCGCCAAGUCGUAAAAAUAAACUGAAAUCAAAGCUCAAACUAAGCAUUCUGAGCAUAAUACAAAUAAUAAUAAUUAGUUACUGAUCAUAUACAUGAUUUAUAAACAACAAAACGACCAAAAACAAUAACAAAGCCCACACAAAAUGCCAAGACGUCAGAGCGACGCUUGCUUGGCCCAUGACAUCGCAGCUGGUAUGGAACGGGAACUUGAACUAGAAUUGGAACUGGAGCUGCAGCGGCCGCUGCUGUCGUCGAAGGAGCAGGCCAAAAUUCCUUUGUGCGUCAUGCACGACACAGCCGGCAAACCGUCCCCCAUAACCACGCCCACACAGUCGCCGAUGGCAACGACGGAGCCCGGAACUGGGCCAGCUGAAGAUGAGGAUGAGACCGAUGUGAUUGGCGAUCUAAUGGGUCACUACGGCAAAUGGCAGCUACUGAUGACAGUGCUGCUGUCGCUUUUCCAGGUGCCAAACACGUUUCACAUAUCCUCAUCCGUCUACCAGGCGGCCAACAAGGACUUCUGGUGCCAGCGUCCACCACAUCUGCUGCAAUUGCCCGUGGAUGCUUGGAGAAAUCUGAGCAGCUCCCAGGACAAUUGUCAUAUGCGCGCUGGCAUCGAUUGGAGCCAGCUGAGCAAUGAAACGCUGCCUUCACAAAUGGAGCAACAGGCAGCAGCAGCUACGACUGCCAACGACGGGAAGCUGAUUGCCUGCAACAGCUGGGAAUAUGCGACAAACGACAAUGUCGGUAACACUUGGACCUCGCAGUGGGAUCUGGUGUGCGACAAGGAACAUUUGAAAAAUGUGGCCGAGAUGUUCUUUCUGCUGGGCGUUGCAACAGGUGGCAUUAUUUCCGGCUACCUCUCCGACAAGUUUGGUCGCAAAACAAUGCUCUUCAUAUCGGCCGUGCUGCAGACCAUAUUCGGUCUUUGGCUGUACUUUUGCAGUUCCUUUGAGCUAUAUUUAACGCUGCGUGCCCUGUUGGGGCUCGUCUCCGUCUCUGUGACCUAUUCGGGCCUCAUUCUGGCAAUCGAAUAUGUGGAUGGCAAGUGGCGGACAAUAGCCGGCAUGUACAACCUAUUCCCACUGCCAAUAUCGUAUAUGAUAAUAUCUGGAUUGGCCUAUUUGACGCAAGACUAUCAACGUUUGCAGCUGUGCAUUGGUCUCCCAGGCAUUUUCCUCUGUUUUCUCUGGUUUGUGGUGCCGGAAUCACCGCGUUGGCUGCUGGUCAAGGGUCGCAUUGAGGAAGUGAAACGCAUCAUUGAAGCUGCGGCGGUAUUCAAUGGACGCCAGCUGCCCCCAGACUAUCAGCUGACGCCACCUACGCAGGAGAGCAGCUCACAAGACGUCACAUAUCUGUUCCGGUCCAGCUACUUGAGGCGCAUCUCCAUCUGUUUUCUGUGCAUUUGGUUCACCAUGAAUCUGGUCUACUACGGCAUUAUCUUGAAUAUGAGCUCGUUCGGAGGCAAUGUCUACUUGAAUUCGGCGCUAGCUGGCCUAGUCGAAAUACCUGCCAUUGCGGUGGCCAUGUACAUUAUCACCAAGGUGGGCAAAAAAUGGCUCUUUUGUGCCACCCUGUUCUGUGCCGGCGUCGCUUGUUGCUGUGCUGCGAUCACUGAGGGACGGGAGGACAUGCUCUGGCUGAAGAUCACAUUCCUGAUGAUGGGCAAGUUUACGAUCAGCGCUGGCAAUACCAUCAUGCCCGUUUACACCGCCGAGCUGUAUCCCACGCCCAUACGCAAUGUGGGAGUGGGCGCUUGCAACGUUGCUGCUGGAUUGGCGCUCAUAUUAACGCCCUACUUAUCGCUUCUGAACAAAAUCGAAGGCCACCUGCUAAUGACGCUGCUUACCGCUGGGAGCAUUUUUGGCGGCUUUGUGGUGCUCUUUCUGCCGGAGACAGCGGUGCGAAAAAAUGCCCCGUCCGCAACAAAUCGCCAGAAUGCAGCUAAGCAGGUGUAAUAAAUUAGAGACGCGUUGCUCUAAUACGCCUCACCGCACUCCCAAUACUCCUGUCACCUAAGAAAUAUUUUGGCUGGUCCAAAGUAUGUAAAUGAGCACACAGGCUACCAGAGAACUACUUAAUAUCAAGCCGUACCCACUUGAAUCGCUGCCCAGCCCCGAUUUGACAUAUCCACCGCCUCAGCCACCGCCACCUUCUACUAACCAAGAACUCAAGUAAAUAGCGCAAUUAAUCGAAUGUCCAUGGAAUGCCAUAAGUCUAAAAGUCAGGCAGGACCUUAUUUGCGUAGCAAGUAGUGAGUAUUUAAAAAUGAAAUAAUAUAUUAAAACAAAAAUGUUAUUCGUAAUGUAAUAAUGGCUUUUAGCUUAUAAUAGUGUAAGAGUAAAUAAAUAAAUCUUGUUAACGAAGUCACAAUUCGGAGUAGGUCAAUCUCUUCGGUAUCAUCGAAGAUGUACAAAUUUCACAUAAAUAUAAUACAACAGGAACUUUAAUAUAUAAAUUAUUUCAAUAAUCAUUUUUCUGAUUUAGAAAUUAUUAAAUUUCAUUUUUUAUUGUUUAUUUUUAGGGCCUCUUAUAAAGGCAUUCUUAUUUAAUACAAAAUUGUAUUUAAGAUUUUGUUUGCUUAUAAUAUUGAUAAUAUUAGACUCGUAUCCUGUUCAUAUUUUUGUGAGACUUUCGUCGGGUGUCCGAAUAACUAAAAAGGAAUAUAUUUGAAAAGUAUUGCUCAAUUAUUUACUCUAUCAGCAACGGAAUCAACAGCCACAAUACAUUUAAGUCAAAAAAUUCUUGUCAAUAUGUCUUGUCAAUAUGUCAACGUAUACAUAAUCUCGUUGUUGUUGCCGUCUUCGAUGUGCUCGUCUAUUACCAAAUUAAUAUACAUAUAUAGAACAUGCAAAACAAAUUAAAGUAAUUAAUUAAUUGAAGUGAGAAGUGUUAUCUCUGGUAAAUGUAGUCAAUUAUUCGCUUACUAAAUAUCGGUCAAUUAUGCAUAUUACAUAAAUAUUAAUUAUGUAUACAUAUUUAUAAAUAUAUUUAGACGUAUAUGUAUUUGUAUAUAGACACGUACAUGCAUAUGGAGAACAGGUAAUGCUGCUUGUUGAUUGUUCAUACACCUCAUAUUGCAAAUUUGUUUCUAACGAAAUAUCAUCAACAAUAAUUUACAAAUUUCCACAAUAAUGCAUUUAAAUUUAUGAAUGUAUGUAGUUGAAUAUAAUAUAAUUAAUAAAUCGCGUAAGAAUUAUAAAUUUGUUGCUAUAUGAAACCGUCAAAAUGCUUGUUGUACUUACAAAAGAUAUUAUAAUAUUAUUGUUCUUAUCUCUAGGCUUUUAUGUUUGUUUAUGAAUUAUUUUGAAUUGUACUUACGAGCUAAGUAGAAACUUAUAUUAUGCUUAUCUAAAAAUGCAAAAUUUAUAUUUGAAAAUAAUAAAUAAUACAAUUAAAAAAUCACAUGUAAGUUUAAGAUUCAAAAAAAAAAAAAAAAAAACAAAAAAAACAUAAAAUAUAUAUAUAACAGAUGAAUUUGUAAUGUUAAAGGAUAAUGCGAGAGCUAUCAAGUUACGUUUUUCAAUGUUAAUGAAAAGAAAGUAAGAAUCUAUGUUAACUUUUCGAUAUUCCAUCUUAAAUCGUCUUUAAAGCUGAUGUUAUAUGCUCAAUGCGCAACUGGAUUUUAGGAAAGAACAAAAUAAUAAUGUUAAUUAUGACAUACACAUAUAUGAAUUUGUUGUAAAUCAAAAUUACCAAAGCAACGUAAAUCAAUUAGUGUCAAAACAAAUAUGCUUAAAAUAAUACAAAAAUAAAAAUAAAUAAAUAUAUAUGUA